GCCUGGCCCAGGGCGCCCCGCGGGGGCGUGCGCGCUGCGCGCGUGCUGGGCCGGCUGGGCGCCGGGCGGCACCUCCUCAGACCCGGCGUGUUUACCAACAUACUCCCGGCGCUCGGCAGCCAUGCAUUCCGACGCGCUGAAUAAGCUGCGGGACUGGCGGGCUUGGUCCGUAGCGGCAGGGUCAUAACCGCCGCACAGAUCCCCCAGAGCCAGAGAGCGCGACCGCAGGUUCCUUUCGCCCCCGCAGCCACAGCGCCUCCGCUAAGGCACUGCUCCCCUCGGCCCUUGGGCAUUGCCGCCCCGUCGACUUCCUUGCCUUUGUGCCGUUAUGACCAGACUGCCCCAAUCGUCCUGCAACUCAGCACCUCUCUGCAGCGGAUCCCGAGACAGCCGUGCAUAGAGAGUUCGCACCGCUCGCCUCCCAUCUCCUGGUUCUGAAUUUCCCUACCCUGGGCUGCCCCGGGGGCGGACGUGGGAGCGGGGCGGGGAGGUGAGGGGAAGGCCCCGGCUGCAGGCCUCCGUGAGGUCACCGCGUGUGGUAGCCAAUCCGCUGUGUUUAAGUGGGCGGGGACCCCGUCGGGUCCCGGGAACCGAACCCUAGAGCCAGCCGAGUGGGGGGCCCAUGGAUGUAGGGGGGAGGGGAAAAGUCAUGGGGGACACCCUCCCCCCCGAACCCCUUUCCCAGGCGCCGGCUUUCCGCUGAUGAGGCUCAGAGAGACACUUUCCCCGGGAUUAGUUGUGGGGAAGGCUGGUUGAGGGGCUCAUCCGCCCCCAACGCCUGAGGCUCGGAAAAGAGAGUUGGCGGAGGGAGCGGACUCCUUGCCCGGCCAUGGCCUAGGCCCUCGGGCCCCGGCCCCGGCCGCAAUGACCUCUUUGCCCUGCCCCCUCCCUGGCCCGGACGCCUCCAAAGCCGUCUUCCCGGACAUCGCCCCCGUGCCAUCGGUAGUGGCUGCCUACCAGCUUGGCCUGUCCCCCGUAACCGCAGCCGCCCCCGAUUUGCCCUAUUCUGGGCCGUAUGGCCACCUUCUGCCCUAUCCCUACAGCGGGCCGGCGAUCCCCGGAGACUCCUACCUGCCCUGCCAGCUAUCCACCGCGCCAUCUCAGCCGGCUCAUCAAGAGCGGGAGACAGACUCGGAGAAGCCGCCGCUGUCCCCGGAGCCCCCGGAGCGGCGCCCACAGGCCUCGACCAAGAAGCUCCGGAAGCCGAGGACCAUCUACUCGAGUCUGCAGCUGCAACACCUGAACCAGCGUUUCCAGCACACGCAGUACCUGGCGCUGCCCGAGAGGGCCCAGCUGGCCGCGCAGCUCGGCCUCACCCAGACGCAGGUAAAGAUCUGGUUUCAGAACAAACGCUCCAAGUAUAAGAAGCUCCUGAAGCAGAACUCUGGGGGACAGGAAGGGGACUUCUCUGGGAGGUCCCCCUCCCUGUCUCCCUGUUCACCUCUUCCAGCCUUCUGGGAUCUACCCAAGGCAGGGGCCCUGCCCACCGGUGGCUAUGGCAACAGCUUUGGAGCCUGGUAUCAGCAUCACUCCCCAGAUGUCCUAGCUCCACCUCAGAUGAUGUGAGUCUGUGGAGGAGCAGGUCAGGCCCCAGCCUCCUACGGAGCCCAGGCAGGACCCAGCCCACCUGCACCCUCUCUGGGCUGGGAGGAAACCAGAUACAGAUGGGUGUUCUCAGGAGGAUGAGGAGCUAGAGGAGGAAAAGGAUGGGGUGGUGAGUCUUUUCCUCCUUGCCUCAUAACUCAAAUAGCCUUAGCCUCUGCCGCACCCCCACCCAGGACUGGACACUUUCCCUCCCGUCAGAGGCUCUGGAAAAAAACUUAUUGGCUGGAGUUCAGACUUCCCACGACCCCUAGUCUUGUCACUCCUUCUUGAAAUGACUGCAGUCCCACUACAGUCUGGGGUUCAACCAGCAACAAACACUGAGUGUUUUUUCUCUUUGUGUGCCCUGGGCCUUACCCAGCCCAUUGAGGUGGACAGAAGCAGACAUCCAGAGUUUUCAAAUUGACCACCACUGAGACACACCCACUGAUUUUUCUAGAUUUUUUUUACCCCCAUAACUGAUACAUCUAUUUACCAUCCUGUGAAGAAGAUGGGAUACCAAAAAUGUGGACUUUUGUGGACCUAUGGGUAAUUUUUGCUCCUUUCCUAAGAAAGCUCCUCUUUCCCCCUUAUCUUCUCACUUUGAGUAGAUAAUGGAUCCAAUUAUCCAUCAAGUUCAACAAGUAUUUAUUAAGAGUCUGAUUCCCAUCCCGAAUACCUAAACAAAUCCACAUGCAUGCACUCUCUGGAACUCAGUAGUGUAAAACUUUGUGGAGAAUAGGGACAAACAGAUUCUUGGAUGUUUAAGUAGAGAUGUCCCAAACAGAUGGGGUGAACCUAGCAAUUCAGCUCCUCAUAGCCAACUCGGCCCAAAGGAACUGCUUGUAUUUAUAUCCAAUCUGGCUAGCAGCACUCCCCCUGCAAGCUCUCAGCAUCCCCCAUAUGAUGAACAUCCAGAAAUUAAAGUUUGUAACAGAA